AUGUCCAGCAACUGGACGCAUUCGUCCAUUGUGAAGCAAGCGGCGUGUGAUGUAAAUUUUGUUCGUUGUGGGCAGACUGACUGCACUUCCUCAGGUUGCGAUGGCAAUCUAUUUCAUUGCCAUCUUUGUACAUUUUCAAAAUCAAGGCCUAGUGAGAUAAAAGAGCAUUUUAAGAAGGUGCACUGGAAUAAUCGUGUUGAUGACGGAGUUAGUUAUCAUAAACAUCAAUAUUUAUAACGAAUAUUAUUAAUUAAAGUGUAACAAUAUAUAAUAAUUACAUAUUCAUAUAUUCAUGUAUAUAUGUAGUGUGCGCCAGAAUAUAACCCCUUAAUUCUCUUCGAUUUUUAUCUCACCAACAGGAUUCAGCAUUUUAAGAUGCAAGCUGGCUUGUACUUUCCCCACAAGUAGAGGGCAAAGCAAAGACUUUAAGAACAUUACCCACUACCAUUGCUAUGGAUGUGCUGCAGGUUUCAAACGGGAAAAGGAGCUUCUACGGCAUUUGAAUAGCCAUAGUCUAAACCUACCCGCACAACCCCGACAACAACAGCAGGAGCAACAACUAGAGCAACAACAACAACAAGAGCAACAACAGAUGCAGCAACAACAACAAGAGCGACAACAGAUGCAGCAGCAACAACAACAGAUGCAGCAACAACAACAACAGAUGCAGCAGCAACAACAACAACAGAUGCAACAGCACCAAACACCACAGCAGGAACACCAACUCCCGCAACAGGAGCUGCAGCAACCCCCACAAACCCAGGAACUGAUAUUCGUCGACGAAUCAAUUACUGAUUUCCAAACAGAAUCAUUUGAUUUCAAGGCUCCUGAGACCAGAUCAUUACGACAACAACCACCUAAAGUCAAAUGUCCUUACAAUGAUUGUGGUCGAGAGUUGCAUCCUAAUUCCUUGAGCAGUCAUAUCCGCACUCAGCACCAAGCAACCAAUUUGAAAAUCAAUCAAAGCAGAUAUCUUAAUGGUAUUUGUGUAGAUCGAAGAAAUGGCAUAUACCUGGUCAGAAAACAGUGGCACGGUGUUGAUUAUCCAAUUCAUUGCCAGUUCAUGGUUACACCUCCAGCUUCUAUACAAUGCAGUUCCCCAAUAUGCCGUCAGUAUGCCGAAACAUCCAUUAGGAGUGGACAGUCUGGUUUUUUAUGUGAACAUUUACAAUCCACACAUUUCCUCAAGCCUGUUAGUAAUUCCCUCCUUUCAUUAGAAAAAUUGGAUUUUAUCACCAACACCAUUAAAUGGUUAAAACCUGAAAGAAUUGCACAAUGUCGUGCAUGGCAGGAAAAAGCUUUGAAGGAAAAUGUGCCAUUUGUUGUGCAGAUGCCACCUUCGUCAUCCAGUCGCUUCAACCACUUUUCUAUAUUUGCAAAUGUCAAGGUAGAUCACUAUUGGUCAUUUCAAAACAGGGUAAUUGUCACUGUGGACACCAAGUGCAUGAAAUUUAAUUGUAAGUGUUCAUCUGGAAGAAGGUCCUGUUUGCAUAAAUGCAUUGCCAAGUGGGCAGUGGCUCAGUGGAAUCCACAGCUAUUGGAAUCUGUACCAAUUACUUCUAUCAAUGACGACAUAGCUGGAGAAGCGUCAUCAUUAGAAGACGAAAGCACUUUGGUUCCCAAUGAAGAAGACCCUGAAACAACAGAACACUUUCCCACAUCCACUAAUGGUCCAUUUUACCCUCCUGUUGGUGAAUCUGCUAUUAAAAUGUCAGAGUAUAUUUUUAAUAACAAGAAAAUACCACCAGAUCUUCCAUUGUCAAUUACAGUUGAAAAAGAUGAAUACUUGAAAAGGUUAGUUGUUUUUCAAUGUUUUUGUGUACACACAACAAUAUGCUAUAGGUAGUUGUUAAAUUAUGCCGUUUUUAACUCCAGUACGUUGAUCCACACAAUUGCUUCUGGAAGUGAAUAUAUAAUUCUUACUAAAUACUAGCCCUGACGAAAAAAGUCUAUAGGUGGCCUAUAGGUUCCUAUAGGAAAUGUUCCAAUUCCCUAUAGAAGCCAGUGGCGUAGCCAGACCUUCAUUUUUGGGAGCGAAACGAGUGCCGAAGGCGCGAGACCCUCUAGGGGAGUCCGGGGGCAUGCACCCCCGGGAAAAUUUUGAAAUCUAGAGUCCCUGAAAUGCAAUUUCUAGCAUUUUGGGGGUGAAAUAUUGCAGAAUUCCGAAGAUUAUAAAGUGCAUCGAAGACAUAAAUUUUCCCAGACAUUUCUAAUUUUCUACUCAGAAUUAAAUAAAUUGGAAAAGUCACCUUGAAAAACAGUGAUUCUGGGGGAAGAAAAUCCCAAUGUGAUUUUGAUCAGAAAUGUUGCAUUUAAAUCAUUUUAGGCCGGUUCUAUAUGAGACAGUAUUUCCCAUUCUUACAGAAUAAGUUUGAGAAGAAUAUUCAUGCUAUGAUAAUGCAUGCAUGUAAAUCUAAACUAAAUCUAUUCUUCUUGGAACCAUAUGUACAACUACUUUAACGUCGUUUUCCUCAGUCGAGACGUACUUAAUCAGUUUCAGCUUUGAGGAUGUAACGUGUACCCCUCCUCCCCAAAAAAAAUUUCUCUACGGAUUUAGCCUUUUUCAGAGAAUGGCUUUUUUGCGAUUGGGGGGGGGGGGCGCUUGCCCCCCCCUCCCUCGCCUCCCCCCCCCCUUGGCUACGCCACUGAUAGAAGCCUUUAGGCACCUAUAGAGAUCUAUCUAUAGGCUAAAAGGCAUCCCUAUAGGUCACCUAUAGAAAAUGUUCCAAUUGCCUAUAAAAACCUAUAGGUUUCCUAUAGAAACCUAUAGGUUGGCCUAUAGGCCAGGCCUAUAGACUUUUUUGUUAGGGCUAGCUACUUAAAUAUCCAAUUUAAGCUACUUGCUACUGUUGCGAGGAUUUUGAAAAUCUUCCAAGAGUUUCAAAUAUCUAACCAUGCCUGUGAAAACUUAAAUUGCAGGCCUGUUGUUGACCUGCCCUGGUUUGUGUUGGCAAAAUGUGCCAACCUGGUUUUUAAAUAACUCCAAAGCAUGCACAACCCUGGCAAGGUCAUGCAUGCUUUGGAGUUAUUUACAAGUUACCCUGCAGAAACGGGAGAAUAUCUAAGCUAGGCACUGGGAAAGUAGUUGUCUUUAAUUAAUAUUGAUUAAGCUACAUUCCUAUUUUGAUCUUUUUUAUCACCAUUUCAUGGUACUAUACCAAACUUUGUGAAACAGCAGGAAAUUGACCUUUUUUAACCCAAAUUGUACACAUCUGGUAAGAUGCAGUCCACCUGAGAAAUCUUACCCAGAGAAAUCUUACAUUAUCAGCUAGGUUCAGUCUUUAUUCAGCCCAUGUAUAUAGUCUGCACCAAUAUCUGUCCUUUUUUAUUAUAUUCAUGCAUGGCAACUUAAAUUAUGAAAAAAUUUAGUAGUACUUACAAUUUAGUAGUACUUACAACUCUUCCCUCAAGUGGAGAUAAGUUCUAUGCAGUAAGUUGGACAUUAAAAAGGACAAGCUAGGCCACAUUUAUCAAUACUUAUUCUAGGUAGUACAAGUAUCGAUUAUUAGAGACAAUCAGCGUUCAAUAUAACAGACAGCCAUCAUUCAUCAACCAGUUUCUGUGACUGUGGAAAUUAAAUGCCAAUGUGGCCGACUGACCAUCUACUGAAGUUAUGGCCAGUCAUUUUGCCAAAGUAAUUUGAAUAAUUUCUCCCUCGUUUUUGCCCAACCAAAACGCAUUCUCUAUCUAAUCUGUUAUACAAGCACAGGAAGUUAAAAAAAUGGUACAUGUAAUUACUAUUAAUAAACUUGGAUUUAUCAAUUGUUUACCAAUUGAAGUUAUUUUUAUGCAACCUCGUAGACAUAGUAAUGUUGAGGUAUACUGUAGCAAUUGAUCAAAUGAAUUGCCAUAUUAUAUUGAAUUCAUAGUCAAAUUUUAUAUACAAAGUGAAAUAAUUUCAGUGGAUGUAGCUAGUGUUAUACAGUUUUUCUUUAUUGAGUCCUUUAAAAAUAAUUAAUGUCCGUUCAUUUCCGUCCUAAACGUGUGCCUGGUCUGACCAUUGAACUCGGGGGAAUAAUUAUGUACUGCACGGUAAGUUUAUUGAACUGAUCAAUACAUACAGAUACAGAUAUUUCGCAGUACACUCCCUAUCAAGGCUUUUCAGUGACUGGUUACAUUAUGAAUAGGUAGAUAGAACUGGACUGACGUGGAGCAGACCGAUGAAAACUUUGAGCUUAUAAAUGGCGCUUGAGCAGCCACUAUUAGUCCAUACUCCACUAAUGAUCUGCCACAGACCUAUGUGCCUAACCCACCCUGUCAACUUUCCCUGUGAGAGGGAACACGGAGUACCCGGAGAAAACCCACGACUUUCGGCAGAGCGUUGAAUUACUCUUUUCACAUGAGGACUGGGUUCGAGUCACUGAGAUUUGAACCUGCGGCCUUAGAGGUGAAAGGCAAGUGCGCUAACCACUUCGCCACCGAAGCCCCCUAGUGUCUUGUGAGUUAAAAUGAUUUAUUUGCUACUGCCAGUAUAAUAUGAAUCAUGUGAAAUUCUGUUUUAUAGCUAUUAUCCAACUGAAACAAUUUGCCAUUACUGUAAUGGCGAACUAUCUGAUGCUAAACGUGUCACCUGUUCUGCCAAGCUUCUUACACUAAGAGGCUUGAUUCAAGGUAAAUAUCUAAAACAUGUACAGUACUUAUACUUAAUAAUUUCACUGUCUAUGUGUAGCUAUAAUGCGCUUUGAUAUAUGCCACUCUGCACAAUUUUCAUUGUCAACAGAACUGUAACCAGACAACCUACCAAAUUGCCUAUUAAAUGUUUAUCCCUUGCACAAGCCACAGUGUGCACAACUUUGUUUUACUUGUUGCCGGAAUGUCAUUUAUUAUCCAAUUUAGUCUAUUGUGUCAAUCCAUAUUUGGUUGUUAAAAUUUCUGCUGUAUGUUUUAUUAUUACUGUCAUGCAGGUAUUGAAGAAUAAUUUGUAUGUAAAAUGUAUCUUCUUCAUUGCUAUGUGUUUUUCUUUAGAUGUAUCUCUGUAUAUUAAGUUUUGUACAGAAUGUCAAAUACCAUAUCGAUAUCAAGAAUAUCAAGAUGGUGUCCAUAAUUUCAACGACAACUGGUUGUUAAGUUUGGGAGUCUGUGAUAUGAUAAGGAAACAUAUUCAGGUAAUUGAUGAGACGUAUAUUUACGUUAUCUUGUUCAAUCUACAAUAUUCAUAUUCAGAAUGACGACAAGUAAUUGUGACUGAUUGUCACUGACUUAGCGUUAGUUGUUUUGAAUGAUUAAUUUCAUUGGGUGAAAUACAGCUGUCCACGGUUGCUGAAUAGCCUUUACACAACUUUUUGUUAUUAAAAAUCCUUUCCAUCGAAAUAACGUACCGUAUUCUUUACAUAUUGUACAGUUACUAACUACAGUACUGUAAGCGCAGUAACUGUACUGUAUACAACUGUUGAUGCAAUUUUCACGACUGUGAUUGUGUAAAUUGCAUGCACUAGCUGUGCAAUACAUUUUAUCUAAAAUCAGUUUAUUCUAUGAUUUACCUAAGAUCAGUUUUACCUAAAAUGUUUUCAUGUUUGGGUUAUUCAGCUACACCGUGCUGACGAGCCCCAACCAGGGCGAAACAACUGUCCAACCCUGCAAAAUGUUGUUAUCUCUGUGGUCACGUAUUGUAUUGUGGCAUACUCCUUAAUAAUAAGUAUUAGUAUUAUUACAUACUUAGAUGAUUAUUGAAAAUUCGCCACGCGAUAAUCACCUAAGCGAUUUUCGAAAUGGCGGCCGAAGCCGUUUUGUCAAUUACGAAGAAAUGUGUAUUUUUUAUUUUUUGCCAAAUAAUCACCUAAGAAAUUAUACUAAAACAAUUAUUCACCUCAGGCUCGGUGAUUAACGCGAAUAAUUUAUUCAUCGAUAAUCACCUCGCCUGGCUUCGGCGAAUAAUUGUUAAUUACAUGUAAUAAGAUAAAGGUGGAUUCAACAACAUGCUGGCCACAUAUCAGGAUAUGUUCGUUCGUUCGCACCAGAGGCGCCGGAAUAUCGAUUAAAGCGGGGGCAGAUAUUCAUAUAUUCGUGUUCACAGACUGUAAAAACAAUCGAUUUCAAAAGAAAUUAAUUGGGCAGAACACAAAUAUAUGAAUACCUGCCCAAUUAUCGAUAUUCCGGCGCCUCUGGUUCGCACUUCUUGUUCCCGGCUUGUUGACACGUUAUCAACGCUUUGUUGACUGACGACUUGCUACACCGUUGUUGAACUCAACAGACUUGUUGUUACUCCGGUAAAGAAGUAGUAAUUUAAGCCACAGUAUUAUUUUGAUAUGAAUUUAACCUAUAAGCUAUACAUUACAUAUUUCGAACUACAAUACGGUAAGUAUAUUUGAUAAGCUAAACUAUAUGACUUGUUUAGGAAGCUCCCAUUGUUUCCCUUAUUGCACACGUAACAUACCUACAGCCAAUUCUGUUUCAACAACAUGUUAUCAGGAUGUGUUCGCACUGCUUAUUCCCAGCUUAUUGACAAGUUGUCAACGGCUUGUAGACUGACAACUUGCUACAACGUUGUUGAACUCAACAGACUUGUUACAAAUUGUGCAACAACUUGUUAUCGUCCUGCAAUAGACGAUUCCCCUUAUUACGUUUUCGUGGCGCUUUGCAUUGUGGUUUAGUGGUAUCACUGAUAUUCAAGAUGGCUUAUUUUUUGUCCUGACCCGUGCAAGAACUUUUAAAAAAGCUAGGGUCAGGUGCACGACAUCCAACAGCAAAAUAUUCGCGAAAACAUUGAAUAUUUUUAUUCCAGGCCGCUAUCUUUAUCAGUGAUACCACUAUAACCACAAUGCAAAGCGCUACGAAAACGUAAUAAGGGGAAUCGUCUAUUCAACAACUUAAUUGUUAACAUAUUGUGCCGAGUAACAACCUUGUUAGCAACUUGAGAAAAUGACAAUUUGUUGCAACUUGUUGACAAGCUUUCUAUACAAUCGUGUUGCGAUCACAUCUUGUUGACAAGUUGUGACAUUUUUAUGUGUGUAGUUCCAAUACACAAUAGCUGACUCUUUAUUUUUCCUGGUAAUUUAUCAUUGUUCACAUCAGGUCCACAACGCUGUAAGUCGGACAGUUGAAGCAUUGGAAAAUUGGUUGCAGCUAAAGUCAUUCCAGCUGCCACGUGGUCACGUAUUAAAUGCAUAUCUACAUUUUGAAGCUUUGACUGAUCAUUCAUACUCUUUUCACUGCAUCUUAUGUGGUUACUUUCCCCCACUGCUGAACUUGGAUGUAGACAAAAAAGGCGUGUUUGAACUAUCAGGUUAGAACGACAUUCGUCUUGUAGGACUAUAUGCACUCUUUCAGUAAGUUUAUACAGUUACAGACAGACAGACUAUACAGUGUAUAUAUUUAUGUGUGCCACAACUACAACUGAAUGUUAUAUUGGUGUAUGGAUACUGUAAGAUUUAUUUGACUUUGUUUAAACGUCUAUGAAUUCAUAAAAAUAUGAAUAAUCUAGCUUGUUCCAAUAUAUUGAUGAUUAAUUUUGAUUGCUAUCUUUGUUUUUGGUAUAGUGAGUGAGCUUGAAUUACCCAAGGAAACUGACGAAAGUGUUGAAAAUGUGAAUUCUGAGGCGUUCUGGAACCAAUGUAACCUUGGUAUCCUACAUCGAGGCAUCUUGAGAGGUAAUACUAAUUGAUUUAUAAUUUUUAAAUGUCCAAUAUAGCUACUGCACGUACUCAAAUUGAUGCGCAAUUUAUAUAUUUGAAACGAAUGCGACCAAUGGGUGUAAAAUUAUUUAUUUUUUGAUACACCGUAUAGGUUCAGACCCAAAUAUGUUGCAAAUUCAACCAAGUUAUACCUUUUGGUCGCCCUAUAUUGGUCCAAAAUGCAAGAAAAGCAAGCUGCUCGUCAACUCAGAGUUUCAAAAGGCAAACCACAAAGCUAAUGUUACUUCAAAUGGGACGCUCCAAAAUGAUCUUUCGAUUGAAAAAAUCAUGGAUUUAUUUUGUGAGAGCCAGGUAACAUGCAGACAUUACGAUAACAUUACAAAUAUCUUUCAAGGGUGCAAUUUUAUUUCAAAAGACAGUAUGAUCGCAGAAACGUUUAUAGUGUAUAAGCGAGCUAGCUGCCGCGAUCUCAGUACUACGCGAGCUUGCUAACGUACUGAUUUCGCCAGUUUCAACCUCUCCGUAUUUGCAAUAAAACUCCGACCAGAUCAAAAUAUCAGUUUAAUAAUACUGCCAAUCGCACACCGCUAUUUUGUAGUUAUAAAUGGUAGUUUCGCACUAACUGCAUGUAGUUAACUUUAACUACCUUUCAAUACAAGUGCAUGGUCCGAGACUGAAAUGAGUGUUUUUUGUUCCCACAUAACAUAAAAAUAGUUCCAAACACUCAUUAAUAAUUUGUAAGCUUAUUGGCAAAUCAUGCAUGUCAACCAUAAUAUGUCACUAUGCAGUGGCUUUAAACCUGAUAAAACACUCCUAAUUAGUAUUCUUUAUAUAAAGAAUACUAAUAAGGCAGUAUCUAUAUUGAAUUUGUAGUCGUGUUUGAAGCCGUUUAAUAAACUCGCAGGUCGUGUUUUAUUACGUCUAAAGCCACUCGCGCUGCGCGCUCGCGGUUUUAAACCUAAUAAAACACUCCCGCUCGCUUAUUAAACAGUACGUUAACAUCGGCACUGCAUGUAUAUCGGUAUCUACACAGCUGCAAUGAUUGCAUCAUUUUGGUGUUGUAGGAACACCCAGAAUUUUAGAGUGCUCAUAUAUCUAUAUUUUUGUUUCAAAAUAGGCUUCAGUUUUAAGGGAAAUCGCCAGAAACUUAAACCUUAGUGACAAAGGCCCAAAGGUGGAUAUUUUGAAUCGACUGAAAGGUGCUUUGAACAUUGAGGAAAAGUUUGUUAAGCUUUUCUCUAAAAUGUGGGGAGGUUCAGGUCAGUAAAAACUGUAUAGAUUGUAAAAUUAUCUUUGACGAGUAGUUUGGUGCAUGGCCAAUGCACAGUAUUUGACGGAAUAAAAUUGACUCAUUUUCUUUUUUAGUUUUAGUAUUUCCUGCAAAGGAAAUUGAGCGUUGUAUUUUUACUCAAACAAGAAAGAAAUUCAGUUUUAAAUUUAGUGAAUAAUUAAUUUUUUAACUAUAGUGCAUGAUUGUGUUUAUAACGCUAAAUUUAAGCCGUAUAGCCACGUGGCUUUAGAUAAAUGGAAAGUAUCCUGCCGGGGAACAAAUGAUAAAGUAUACAAAUGGCCAAAAGUUUCGAAAUAACGUUUUUCCAUUUAUUCAAAAGAAAACAGUAAUACUAUGAAUUAGGGAAGAAAAUACACGACAGGCAACAACCUACACAAUGAAACACUUAUCAGUGUCUGUUUCUUCGGGAAAGGUUUAAUGUAUGUUUGUUGUCAUUGGAAUCUCAGUUUCAUUCGAUUUAAUUUCGGGAAACCUUGAAACUCUCUGAAAACAAACCGUUUCGCUCGGGAGUAGAUAUUGAGUAAUUUAGGCUACGUUUGUACUUGUACCAUAUAUAGCUUUCCAUACCGACCUGAAAAACACCUAUCCGCCUACCUUUUAGGAACGCUACUUUCAGAGGAAUUAUGACAAAGGAGAGAUGUUGUUUCGCUCAGCAAAUUCUGAACGUUGUACAUUCCGUUUCGGAUAGUUGCUUUUUCUCGCCGCUAUGGAAAGCUAUCCGUCAUAGUGUAAACGAAUCUCAAUACUGAGGGACUGUCAAAGAAUUUCAAUACAGAGGGACUGGUCAUUUUGUGCAUGGAAAAAUGGGGGAUGGUCCAAACAUUAUUCACCCUAUUUUGUUCCAAAUUUGUAACGUUUUUGUCCGCAACUAGUAAAUUUGAUUGCAUUUCCGGCGUUACCAGAGACCUCAGAUUUCAGCUUCUGUUAGCCCCUUAAUCCAAAGUUUGUCCACGAUUCCUGUCGCUUCGUAUGUACUUAAAAUAAGGCAUGCAUCUUUAGUUAUUUAUUUAUUUAUUUAUUUAUUUAUUUAUUUAGUUAUCAAUUUAUUUAUUUAUUUAUUUAUUUAUUUAUUUAUUUAGCUUUGCCAACUAGGGCAGGGUCACCACAACAGCAUAUGCCAAUUGCUGUGGGCCCUUUUACCUAAACCACCUUAUCAACUUUAAUUUCCCUGUGGGAGGAAGCCGGAGUACCCGGAGAAAACCCACGACUUUCGGCAGAGCGUUGACUUUAUUCUUUUCCCAUGAGGACUGGGUUCGAGUCGCAUUGGGAAAGUUCUCACUGAGGCUUGAAUCUGCGACCUAAAGCCGGUUUUCCACUAGCGAAAUUUGUCGCGCGAACGUUUUGUCUUAUAAGCUCUCGGCUGGAACUAAUUAGAUUUUUAAUAAAUUCUUUUCAAUUUUAACAAUAAAAAUUCGCUUCGCGCGAAGAAAUUCGCUAGUGGAAAACAGGCUUUAGAGGUGAAACAAAAUUUGAACAUCUCAUUUCUAAUUUUCAUCAACCAACCCUCCUUCAUGUCCAGGAUCAUAUAUGAAUCUGUGUUAUCUUAAACGAAAAAUGUAAUUAUACCUACAUAGGUGGAUGGCUUGGCAUGACGUGCCCUCAUGGUAUCUGUUAUGGAUUAAAAUGGCUCUUACGUCAAGAGGGUCCGAGAGAUCAUGUCGAUAUGUUAAAGAGUCUUGCGGUUCUUCCGAAUGUCAUCGUCUGCGAUAUUGCAAACAUGAUCGUCGCACAUGGAAGGAACCGGGGGCUUGAUGUGUUUGGUCCAAAAGAAGGUCGUGUUGCUGAGGCUACAGAUGAAAACAUCCGACAAGCUGAAAAUGGCGAGUUACGUGUUGACUGGCCUUGGUAUCCAAGUGGUGUUCAUGGACGAAUUCCUGAAGAUUUUCGACGUCCCGAUGAUGAGCAAUCCUUGCAUAACCCAGUCACAGGAUCUUGCGAACACUUUAGUUUAUUUGAUCCUUUCCAUGAAAAAAAUACUGUUAACCCAGCUGAUUCAUUGCGUCGUGUUUCUUGUGUUAGACAACUUGCCGGCAAGAUGAAUCUGGAAACGGCCGAACAACUUAACAACCGACGAAAUAGAGAUAACUAUUUCACCACUUCGCUGAUAGCUCACAAUGCUAUAUUUGUUGAAAGGCUGGUUGCUCAUUUUACAAACCAGAAGCUCAACAAUAAGGUGUACAAUUGUCAUAUCCGUCAGGUACCACAAGUUAUAUGUUAUGCAGAUACGUUUUCCACAUUAUAUUUUUUAUUUAUAUUUAUUUAGGGGACAAUUGCUAUGUGUACUGAUUUUUUAAUUAAUAUGGGAAUUUGCUUUGAAAUAUUUGGUAAUAUAACUUUGGUAAUAAUAAUGGCAACUUUAUUUAUUGAUUAUUAUUAAUAAUAAUAAUUUGCCAACCAUGUUCAACUAAUGCAAGGCUUUGUUUACUUUAGUUUGGAAAAAACCUGCAACUUAACCAAUUUGGCCAAAUUGUGGUCACACAAUUUAACGAAGCAGAAGAGCCACCAACAAAAGUACGACGAUUUGAGCAAAACUUUGAGAAGGAAUCCUCCCACUCAACCUGCCCUGAAGACGACACUCGCUUUAAUCACGAAAGCAUUGAAAAUACCACAUAUCCAAACCAUAACAUUUCCGCUAACAGUCGCAUUAACCUGAACCAUCAGUCCAGCGCUAACAUAAACUCCAACCAACAAUCCACCACUAACCUAAAUUGCCCAAACCACCAGUCUAAUAUUAACCCCAUUUCCAUCAACCAGUCCACCACUAACCUAAACCCAACCCAGCAAUCAACCACUAACACUAGCCGAACUCAUCAGCCCACCAUUAGCCUAAACCCAAACCACCAAUCCACCAGUAACCCUAGCCUAGCCCAACAGGCAACCACUAACCUAAACCCAACCCACCAGUUAACCGCUGACCCUAGCCGAAUCCAACAUCCGACCAUUAGCCUAAACCCAGCCCACCAAUCCACCACUAACCCUAGCCGAAUCCAACAGGUGACCAUUAGCCUAAACCCAACCCACCAAUCCACCAGUAGCCCUAGCCGAACACAGCGGGCAACCACUAACCUAAACCUAACCCGCCAGUCAACCACCCACUCGAAACGAACCCAACAGCCAACCAAUAACCCAAACGGCCCCCAACAAUCAACCACUAACCCUAGCCCUAGCCCUAGCCAAACCCAUAUUUCUCCCCCAAACCCCUUCCAUUUGUCCAGCGCUAAUCUAAACGAAAAACAACAGCUCAGCACUAACCCUGACCAACUUACAUCUCGUCCUGUGGUAGAAGGUUGUACAAGAGAAAAUAUACAGUUUCUGUGCGUCUCAAACUCAUCUGUCCGCUGUUGGAUUUUUCCUGUGGCAACAGCACUAAACAAAAUUGAUAAUCGACAAAAAAGGGGAAACUUUUCUUGCACCAUUAUUUCUCUUGUUUUAGGAAAAGCCCUACUAAAGUUAUCUAUAGUGUGUCCCGAUGAUGGUUUUCUAUCUGAGCUGUGGUAUGGCUUGGUUAUCAAUUGCAUACGUCUUGGAAAUCAGAUAUACGACUCCUCACCUGAAGGCGCCCGCAACCUGUCGCCGACUGAAGCUGCUUCUACAUUAAGAGAUGUGUCACCGGUUAACCUGGAUGCAGCACUUACUGUUCGACUUAAGGAUUCGAAUAGUGCCUCCCGACUUAGCUUUCAGAUCAAUCAACUGUUAAACGGGCAGGAUGCUACUGCAUUACUUGUAUACAGCCAAAGAACUGUACUGCUGUACAGUAAUAAGGAUGGUAAAAUCAUGCUUAUCGACAACCACCAGCAUGGUGAGAAAAUGGGCCCUGUGAUCGUUAAAGGAUUAUGUAGUCAUUUGCCUCAAUUUCUAAACAGUAUCCAGGAGGUACUCAGCAUGAACGACACUUCAUAUGCAGAACUAAUAGUUUUCUCUUAA